CAAGCCAAGUGCGACGAUUGUUGUGGUUUGGCUAGUUUGCGGUGUGUACUUACGGUUGUACCGAAGGGUAGCUCUGAAAUCGCUUUUAAUAAUGGAUCGAUCAGUUCCUCUAUUUUCCUGCUUCUGCUUGCUUUAAUUGAUUUGCAGCUUCCACCUUAAUUAAGUCUUCUUCUAAGGUUGCUAAAUGCAAACCGUUCAGAUGUUGUGUUGCCUUUGAGGUUAGUAGUAUCAAGGAAGGAAGCGUGUCGACGGUUAAUUUGGAAAUAUGUUUCAUCCUGUUCGUGGUGGUACACGCGGUGGCGCCGACCAGUUUAACUGGGAAGACGUCAAGGAAGAUAAAUACCGGGAAAACUAUCUGGGGCACUCUCUUCGGGCGCCGGUGGGACGAUGGCAGAAAGGCAAGGACCUGACGUGGUAUGCCAAAGAGAAGCAGCAGGCUGCUUCAACAUCAAGGCAGAAUGAGGUGGCAGCUGCCAAGAAAGCCGAAGAGGAAGCCAUGCUUGCAGCAUUGGGCUUCGCCACGCCAGCAAAACCGACACAUCAGCCACUAAGCAAAGCGGAGGUGACUGAGGCACUGCGCAGAGGCGAUGACGGCAGAGAUGAGGGAGAUGCCGACCGAGUCUCAGGUGUGGGCACCAAUGCAAGAGGCGACUUCUGUACUCGUGGAAAACGGCCAGCUGAAGGUGUGGAGUUUAUUUCCCAUGCCACCGCUCAAGAUAGUCGCCAGGCAGAGAAAGAAGAGAGCUCCAGCAAGAAGCACAAGUCUGAACACAAGAAGGAGAAGAAAUCCAAGAAGCAUAAGAAAGAAAAACACAAGAAGAAACACAAACACCGGAGCCGGCGGUCUCCCAGUUAAUGCGCAGUGAUCACAUGUAAAGAUAAUCUUGCCAACUUUUAUGUCACAGUACCGAACACAUGGUUUAUGCUGUGUAGGUUUUCGCAUCUGUAGACAGUGCUAGGAAAAAGGGAGAAGGGUGGUAGCUUUUUGAGGACGGGGGCCAUCGUCGCUAUCGUCUGAAAUGUGCGAGGAAUAAACGUGUUUGAACCACGUG